CAGAAAAUCUCCACGGAAAAUCUUCCAGCAGAACCAUCUCAUUUCCCAUUGUUGUUGUAUUCUAAAAUUGUCAAGUUUCAUCCUGUGUAAAUGCUAGAAAAAUCCAUCUAAAUGGCUAAAAUAAGUGUAGUUUUAAUAAUAUAUUUGUGCAUCAUCCAUCCAUGUUUGGGGGACAAGAAGCCAAAGAAUAAAUAUUCGGCGGAAGCGAACAGAAAGCCGGAACAAUUCACGACCGAGAAAUAUGACCCCGAAUUGCGGGAAUUGCAGCGUCCGUUCCGAAUGGCCAAGUUGAAUCUCGUGUGGUCCAAAGCUGUACAUAGACUAACGGAACCCAAGCUCAAAUCCCUCUACAUGGAUUUGAAAAUUCACGACAAAGAAGAAAUCCAGUGGAAGCAACUGAGCUCGCAGCACAAAGAUAAGGACGGUCUGAAGGAGGCAGAACUGAGGAAGAAGUUAAUUGGAAUAAUGAGCACUUACGACCUCCUUGAACAUUUCGAUGAUACUCAAGACCCCGCCAAGACGAAGGAAUACAGAAGGUCCCAUUAUACCGACACGCACCUGAACAAAAGCAUGUUCAAAGACAAGAAAUUGAAUCGGUUGUGGGAAAAGGCCGAGGUGGCUGGAUUUACCCCCGACGAAUUGAAAGCUUUGAAGGAAGAAUUCCAACAUCACCAGGACAAGAUCGAUAUGUAUUAUAAUCUCCUGGAAACUGUCGGGGAGACUGCUAAUGACUAUCAUCAAAAUGCAAUCGACGAAGAGGAAUUGGAUCGCUUUAAUGAAAUAGCAAACAUGGAAGAAUCAGAGAACGAAGUAGAUAGAGGUGCUGGAUCGAAACAUCAUCAGUUCCGCGAAAAUAUAAAUAAACUUCGGGACCAUCACCACAAAAUUAAAGACAGCUAUGAGCGAUUGGAUCGUUUGACUGCCCGAGGUCCAAAUAGCAGAGACUUCAUAGAACCCAAAGUACAAGGUCUAUGGCGAGUGGCCUUAAAUAGCAACUUCACUCCGGAUGAACUUAGCUCGAUCAAAUCUGAGUUACAUCACUAUGAGUCGCGCCUGUUGAAAUUGCGUAAUUUACACGCAGAACAUGCUUUGCACCGCGAGAAGUACAAGGGUUCGAAAGAUAAGGAUAAAUCAAACCGCUUCGAAGAACUUGAGGAACAUAUACAUAAGCAAACGAAAAAAGUUGCAAAGUUACAUGACACAAUUGAAGAAAGGAUUUUCAAGCAGCACACUGAAUUAUAAAAGAUGAUUUGAAUUUUGUUUUUUUUUCUAACUCAUUUUUUGGCAUCAAGUCCCCAUUAAUCAUCAUUGUUGUUGCAGCGGUUGUGUUGAACCUUCCAUUAAACUCAAAUACUAGAUAUUAAGUGCGAAAAUUUGUACAUUUUUUAUGGAGUAAAUGAAUAUCAUAUUGCAAUA